AUGACCACUGCUAUUUCCUCUUCUGAAGCUUUUAAUAAUAUUGAUGAGAAUCCAGGAGAAGUUCGUAAUUACAUUGAAGAAAAUAGAUUAGCAGAUAUGGAAGAAGAAAUAGAAACAGUAGAGAGGAAAAGGUAUAGACAGGCUACUUGGGCUCCAAAUAAAAAGCCAUAUUUAAUGUAUUUACCUCUCUCGAAUGAAUCAGAA